AUGGCGGCUUCUACAAGGACGGAGACGGAUGCCUUCGGACCUAUCGAGGUACCUUCAGACAAAUACUGGGGUGCGCAGACACAGAGAUCUCUGGGGAACUUCAAGAUCAAUCAGCCGCAGGACCGCAUGCCUGAGGGGGUCGUGCGAGCGUUCGGUAUCCUCAAGGGCGCAGCUGCUACUGUGAACAUGCGGUAUGGACUCGAUCCCAAGAUCGGAGAGGCCAUUCAACAAGCGGCCGCCGAGGUGGCCGAUUUGAAGCUGAUUGACCACUUCCCUCUGGUCGUUUGGCAAACCGGCUCUGGCACCCAGUCCAACAUGAAUGCCAACGAAGUCAUCUCGAACCGUGCUAUUGAGAUUCUCGGUGGACAAAUGGGUAGCAAGAAGCCUGUCCACCCCAAUGACCAUGUCAACAUGUCUGCCAGCUCCAACGACUCCUUCCCGACCGUGAUGCACAUCGCGGCAGUCCUCGACUUCGAACAGAGACUGAUUCCUGCUCUUACAAACCUGCGAGACGCUCUACAGAAGAAGGUGGAGGCAUUUGACAAGAUCAUCAAGAUCGGCCGAACGCAUUUACAGGAUGCCACUCCCUUGACUCUGGGACAGGAAUUCAGUGGCUACGUAGCUCAGCUUGACCGAAACCUGGAAAGGAUUCAGACAACUCUCCCACACCUCCGGCAACUGGCCCAAGGUGGUACCGCUGUCGGUACUGGUCUCAACACGUUCAAAGGCUUCGCCGAGGGAAUCGCGGAAGAAGUCACCAAGAUGACCGGCACCGAGUUCAUCACUGCUCCCAACAAGUUCGAGGUUUUGGCUGCUCACGACAGCAUCGUUGAGGCUUCCGGAACUCUCAACACCCUUGCCGUCAGUCUGUUCAAGAUUGCCAACGACAUCAGAUACCUUGGCUCCGGUCCUCGCUGCGGUCUUGGCGAGUUGGUUCUACCCGAGAACGAACCUGGCAGCAGUAUCAUGCCCGGAAAGGUCAACCCAACCCAGUGUGAAGCCAUGACUAUGGUGGCUGCCCAGGUCAUGGGUAACCACACGGCUGCUACUGUGGGAGGUCUCAGCGGUCAAUUCGAGCUGAACGUCUUCAAGCCCCUGUUGAUCCGAAACCUCCUUCACAGCUCGAGAAUCCUGGCUGAUGCCAUGAACGGAUUUGUGGAACACUUGGUCGAAGGUCUGCAGGCCGAUGAGAAGAGAAUUGGAACUUUGUUGCACGAAAGUCUCAUGCUCGUUACCUGCCUCAACCCUGUCAUCGGUUACGACAUGGCUUCCAAGGUGGCCAAGAACGCUCACAAGAAGGGCUUGACCCUGAAGGAGUCCGCUAUGGAAUUGAAGGCGCUUUCGUCCGAAGACUUUGACAAAUAUGUUCGACCGGAACUUAUGCUGGCUCCCAAGGAAAAGAAAUAA